GAGGCCGGCGUUCGUAAUCUCGAGAGAAAGAUCGGUGCCGUCUGUAGGGCUGUGGCCGUCAAAGUUGUUGAACACAAUCGACUCAAUAAUAUAUCGCUCGAAAGCGACGAAAACCUAUUGACCAACGAAUCACAUGAAGUGAAAACUGUCGAUCACUUAUUAGGCGCCGAAAAGUUGCCGAUUAUUGUCAACGAAUCGAGUAUUGAGGACAUAUUAGGGCCGCCUCUCUAUGAGAACGAAUUGGCCGCACGGCUAGGAGUGCCCGGAGUAGCGGUGGGUAUGGCCUGGACUACAGUCGGCGGCGAAAUAAUGUUUGUCGAGGCGACCAGAAUGGAAGGCGACGGACAGCUUAUACUAACGGGUCAAUUGGGAGAUGUUAUGAAGGAAUCGGCGAAACUGGCCCUUAAUUGGGUUCGCACUCAUAUCAAUGACUAUCGAAGCGAUGGAAUUACUUACACAUCGGAUGUGAUGGAAGGAACCGAUGUUCACAUCCAUUUUCCCGCCGGCGCUGUCGGUAAGGACGGGCCGUCGGCUGGCGUUACAAUUGUGACCGCUUUGAUGUCACUGUUUAUGGGGAAAGUUGUCUCGUCUAAUGUGUCGAUGACUGGAGAGAUAACAUUGAGAGGAGUCGUACUACCCGUCGGAGGCAUUAAAAGUAAGGUAUUGGCCGCACAUCGGGCCGGCAUUCGGACCGUUAUUCUGCCCAAAAGAAACGAAAAGGAUUUGAUUGAAAUUCCGAUAACAAUUCAGGCGGAAAUGUAUUUUCAUUUCGUCUCACAUAUUGAUGAAGUAAUUGAAGCGGCAUUUGAUGGACGCAUCACUCCUUUGAAUCGGCAUUUAAACGGUGGUCAUAUGGAGAGCAAACUCUGAUAUAUAAUUUGUUAGACAAAAUAGACUUAUUUUCUGUGAUAAUACUUGAAUUGUUUUGAGAACU